AGCACCCCCUUGGACCUUAUUGAAACCGGAAAGGGGCUGAAGUUCCAAGCAGAGCGCCCCCACCUGGUCAGCCUGGGAAGCGGGCGACUGAGUACAGCCAUCACCCUGCUGCCCUUGCCUGAGGGGUGCACCACACUGGGUCACGGUCCCACGGAUAUCACCAUUCAGGGCCCUGGGGUUGCUCCCCAGCACUGCUACAUAGAGAACAGGUGUGGGGUGAUCACACUUCAUCCCUGUGGAAACCUGUGCUCCAUCGAUGGACUCCAGAUCAAGCAGCCCUCUCGCCUGACACAAGGCUGCAUGCUGUGUUUGGGUCAGUCCGCCUUCUUUCGCUUCAACCAUCCUGAGGAAGCCUUCAGGAUGAAGAGCAUGAUGCCGCAGGGAGGAGCCGUCUCCAGGGAGGGCUUUGGUCUGUGUGCAGAUGCAGAGAGUUUGGUCAAUGGGAAUCACCAGGCUGGUCCUGCCCAAUCCCCCCCUGCUCCUGGAAUCAAAGUCCAGUCUGAGCACAGCGCUAUUGUUAGCUCCAUUGAACGGGACCUCCAGGAGAUCAUGGACUCGUUAGUCCUGGAUGAGCCCCCUCCUUCUGCCGCUGAGGGUAAGGGCCCCUCAGAAGCCCAUCCCAUCUCUCACUCACUGCUGUCACCUGUGGUCAAUGGCGGGGGUAGGUACCUGCUGUCCCCUCCCACCAGCCCAGGGGCCAUGUCUGUGGGGUCUAGCUACGAGAAUGCAUCUCCGCCUUUCUCCCCCCUGUCCUCCCCAUCAGCAGCCAGCAGUGGGAGCCUGACAAGCCCAUCUCCUAGUGGGGGACCCCUGGACCAGAGCUCUCUGCCGCCAGUGCCUAUACGCUCCUCCAGCUACAACUUCACCGCCCAGUCCCCUCCAGUGCCACAGCCAAGGACCAUACUGCCAAACUUCAGUGGGGCUGGGAUAGGCCAGAAGGUUCAGGAAAGCCCCAGACUCCAACGGAAAGCCCUAACAGAGACUCCGCCAAACCCCAAGCCUAGCCGCCGAGGGCUGAGUCAGGACGAGAGCCCUCGACAGACCGCGCUCUUAUCUUCUAAUGAGUCUCUCAGCAGCAGAAACGUUGUGCCAAGCAGUCCCAGACUUACUCCUAAGUUCCCCACCUGUCCAUCCCCCUCCAGGACCAAGACCACCACUGUGCUGCAGGAAAGACCUGCCAGUCCCUUCAGAGACCAGACACUUCUUACUGACCGCUCCCUCACUUCCAGCCCCUCCAGGCAGCUUUCCCCAUCCACCAGAGCGUUCCAGCCUCCCCUUGACCCCAUCGUCCACGUCCUGCAGGGAUCUACGUUGCAGCAGCAACCGCGCUCCAUGCAGCCUCUCGAGAGUCCUCGUUUUGCCCGAAGGAACACGGAGCUCAAUGGAGGCAGCAGCAUGAGGGAGCUUCCACCAGUAAGUCCUUCAUUGGCCCGGAGGGGUGUCCCGGUUCUCCCGGGGGCUCUUCCAGGAACUGUUGCCCUAAGGACUCCAGACAGCCCUUCCAACCUUGGCAAGCUCAUCCCAGAGAGUCCAAGGCUUCGGCGCAAGACCGGAUCCACUUCAGAGGAGCUGUCGUGCAGCAGAGGGAUCUGGACCCGUAGUCCAUCUCCCACCUCCAUGCAAUCAGAGUUCGGUGGGGGCCCUGGCUUACAAAAGCAAACCUUUGGGAACUCUUUGUCUUACAGCCUCGGCUCGCUGCCUGGCUCCUCCCCUGCUGCUAGCCCCAGGACACACCGCAAAAUGUCCUUAGGUAGACCCCACCCCGGAAUGAGGGAGAGGAAGAAUAGUAUCACAGAGAUCAGCGACAACGAGGACGACCUGCUGGAGUACCACCGCCGGCAGCGCGAGGAACGGCUCCGAGAGCAGGAGAUGGAGAGGCUGGAGCGCCAGCGUCUGGAGACCAUCCUGAACCUUUGUGCCGAGUACAACAAAGGUGAGGCUGGCCCGCCGGACCCCCUGGGCUCAGCAACAAUGGGCUUCCCGGGCAGCCUGGCUGAAGGCCUCGGUCGGAGGCCGUCUGUGGAGAACAUCCUGGGCGGGGCGGUGCUGAAGCAGAGGGAGAGCGACGAGGAGAACUUAAAGGAGGAGUGCAGCAGCACAGAGAGCACCCAUCAGGAGGUGAGGACGUCUCCCCGCCCCGCAGCUGCUCUGCACAACGGAGCGCCACAGCACGAGGACUCGUCCAAUCCCAGCAGCAGCAGCCGCUCAGAGCUGGCUUACCUGGAGGAGGAGAGGGUCUGCGUUCUGGCCCGAAUAGAUGAGCUGAAGACCCGGCUGACUGAGCUGGAGCAGCAGCUCCAGGAGUCCAAACAAGAGGCAGAGAUGGAGCGUGCCUUGCUCCAGGGUGAGCGGCAGGCCGAGCUUGACCAGAUGGAGGCGGAGACCGACAUCAUAAGUCAGUUACAGAUAAAGCUGGAUGAGCUGGAGGGUGCCAUCCAGAGAGAGAAGGACAAGGAAAGGGCCAAAGUUGAGGCGGAGCGUCGGGCCCUGCAGAGGCUCCAGGAGGGCUACGCCGAGCUGAAGAACCAGCUCCACAACUGUCCAGAGUCCCUGAGGGAGCAGCUGCAGGAACAGCUCAAGAGGGAUGGAGAGCUGCUGGAGGCAGGAACCAAGAAGUUUGAGGACCUGGAGUUCCAGCAGCUGGAGAGGGAGAGCAGCCUGGAGGAGGAGCGGGAAACCAUCAGUCAACAGCUGCUUCAGGAGCGAGCAGAGUACCAGAGGGGCGUGGCCAAACGGAAGGAGAGGGUGUCGGCUCUGCAGAAGCAGGCCGAGCAGCUGGGCCUGCAGGCGUCUCAGGAGCGCGAGCGGCUAGCCAAAGACCGGACGCUCACGCUGCAGAUGCUGCAGAAGGAGAAGGACAGGCUGACGGCAAUGGAGAGGAGCUACAGCAGUCUGUCUGGAGGAAAGAGCUUCUCCAGGUCCUCCUCCGCCUUAAGGGAGGAGUAUGUGACGAUGGGCCAGCUCAGUCAGAUGUUUGGGAUGCCAAAAGUGGAGUCGUCCCCCACUUCCCCCACCUGCCAGCCCCUGCGGCCAGCAGGUGGCCCCGCCCCUUCCUUCCUCCUCUCUGCAGGCUCCUCCCCUUCUCUGUUCAUGGAGAGCCGCUCUGAGUCCAGCCAUCCUCACCUGGCUAAAUUGGACUUUGAGCUGUGGUACCAAGAGAUGGUGACGGCCCCCAGCCGCCCUUGUCCCCGCCCUCGGAUGGGCUGCCGGCCCACGCUGCAGGUGUUUCGCUCGAAGUUGGACAGCGACCCCGGCCCCUCUCCCCCUCUAUCCGGCUCCUCGUCUCCUCUGCAGCACGGAGCUGCAACACUGGGGAGAAACUCCAGCUCCAAGAGCCCCCUGCUGGCUGUCGGCAGCACCGGAAGUCUGCCCAGAAACCUGGCCGCCACCCUGCAGGACAUCGAGAACAAGAGGCAGCUGGCUCUGCAGCAGAAAGAACUGCAGAGCUGCGGGUCCAGCGUAGCAGGGGGGGACUCUGCAGGUCAGCAGGUGAUUGAGGAGCAGCGCCGCCGACUCGCCGAGCUCAAACAGCGGGCGGCCGCCGAGGCUCAGUGUCAGUGGGAGGCGCUCCACGGCUCGCAGCCCCACCUGGCCCCCGUCCCUUUGCUGACCUACAGCCCCGCCCCCAUGCUCCAUCACUCCAUCCUGCACCACCAGCCACCACCAGCAGGGGGCGAGCAGCCGUACGACACGCUGAGCCUGGAGAGUUCCGACAGCAUGGACACCAGCAUCUCCACCGGCAACAACUCUGCCUGCUCUCCUGACAUGUGCACAGUCGCUGGCGUGGAGGGGCUGAAGAUUGAAGAGAUGGAGCAGAUGCUGAAGGAGGCGCAGCUGGAAAAAGCCAGACUUAUCGAGUGCCGGGAGCGGGAGAGCCUGGCUCGCCGUCAGAUGCUGGAGGAGGAGAGGAGGAGGCGGGAGGAGGCUGAGAAGAGACUGCAGGACGAGGCUUUCCACCGCCAGCGACUUGUGGAGAAGGAGGUUAAGCUGAGGGCCAAGAACUUCUCUCAGGCCCGUCCCAUGACCCGCUACCUGCCCAUCCGCAAGGAGGAGUUCGACCUGCGCUCGCACGUGGAGUCGUCGGGCCACAGCGUGGAGAUGUGCUACCACGUCAUCAUCACCGAGAAGAUGUGCAAGGGCUACCUGGUGAAGAUGGGGGGCAAAAUCAAGUCCUGGAAGAAACGCUGGUUCGUGUUUGACCGCCUCAAGAGGACCUUCUCUUACUACAUGGACAAACACGAGACCAAGCUGAAAGGGGUCAUCUACUUCCAGGCCAUCGAGGAGGUCUACUACGACCACCUGCGCAGCGCCACCAAGAGUCCGAAUCCGUCUCUGACGUUCUGCGUGAAGACCCACGACCGCCUGUACUACAUGGUGGCGCCGUCGGCAGAGGCCAUGAGGAUCUGGAUGGACGUGAUCGUCACAGGGGCGGAGGGCUACACGCAGUUCAUGAACUGAAGCGGCGGCGAGCACGCCGGACUGAAGGGACCCCCACCCCCUGUACAGAACCAAAUGUUAACUGUCGGACCUCACAGAGCCUUUCUAUGUUGCCAAAAGGAGAUCUUGUCCUGUUUUCUAUUUUUUUUGUUUCUGGAUUUUGUACCUUGACAGAGAAAAUGCCAAAACGAGUCUAUGCCAUGUUUGGUCCUGACCGUCAUCAGCGCCGGCUUAGAAGAUCCACACGCUUCAGGGUCAAACCUGACCGUAGAACGCAUCACUCCGUCAUGAACCAUAGCUCCUCCCUCCUGAGCGUCAGGAGGGCCGGAGGUUUGAGGACAGAACCUGUGAAGGGGUUUUUUUAAAGGUGACCUUAAAAACUAUCCCGCAAUCGUACCAGUACCAGACCGAAGAUCUCUUAAAGGACGCGGGGAGGGGCAACAUCAUCAGUGGGAGGACUUCCAAUACCAGCUUGAAGAACCUUAAUGAGAAGUGCAGAACGGAGAUCCCCCCCAUAAGCCCCCACUCAGAUUCUCCCUAAACCUGCACCUCACUGGGUCACGAGCCUUAAAUGAAGCCUCAUCCAGAGUGUGUUACCUUUGUGAUGCAGCAGGAAUGUGAAGGUCCACGGCAGGUUUGGAGUGACCUGAGCUUCAGGCGGAGCCUUUAUGUUACUCACUUACUUCCUUUUUAUGGUUCACCUACAGCAGGGGUCCCCAAACUACGGCCCGCGGGCUGGAUCCGGCCCACCGCCACAUUUGGCCAUGCCCCUAAGCAACAUCAGAGACGCGGGAUUUUUUUAUUCCCCCAAUCUGGCUUUGUGAUUGUUUGCUAGCACUGCUAGCAAAAUGGUGUUUUCCUAAAAGUGUUUUUGGUUUGCAAAACAGUGUUUGGCUAACAGAAACACUGUUAGCAUCAAUCGUAAACAGAAAUGCUAACAGAAACACUGUUAGCAUCAAUCGUAAACAGAAAUGCUAACAGAAACACUGUUAGCAUCAAUCGCAGACAGUACUAUCAGAAAACUCUUUUUCUGUUAGCCUAACUGUCCCUGGCCCCACAUCAGUGUAGUAAAAAGUUAUGUAACGCUCACAAGAAAAAGUUUGGGGACCUCUGACCUACAGUGUUACUGAGCGAUCAUUAGUCCCGCCCCCUCACAUGUGACCAUGAAACUGUGGUUUGUUGUAGACAAGUGUUGGAGCACAAGUAAUGGUUGUUUAUCCCCCACCCCACUGAUGUGCUGCUUCUGUGUUGAGUUCAGGCACACAGAACUGCUGAUGCUUGUCCUUGUCUGUGAUGACACACACCACCAGCAGGUGGCAGCACAGCUUCUUUGUUGUAGCUGCAGCUGACAGAGUUCCAACAUAGGAGGCCAUCAAAGCUCUUCAUUUCUGCGUGCUGGCCCAACUAGAAACACAACAGUUGUCACAUUUAAGCUGAUGUAAAUCACAGAACAAUGUUUAAGAGUUUCUAAAUCCUGUAAUUCUGUGUAAAUUGUGGAAAUAAAUGUCCAGAUUUGACUUUUCA